UUUAUCAAUUUCGCUAAAUAGACGUAAUUCUGAGAGAACAUUUGCCAAGUUUGCAAAUUUAAAAGACGCUAAUUUAUACGUACUAUUUAAAAAAAAAAAUUGUCUUCCUGUAAAUGUAAUCAAAAUGAACGUAUCGGGAUGUAAACCUUCUUUUGCAGGCAUUGGCUAAAGAGACAAGAGGAAAGAAUUCAAAUUUCCGUGAAGAAGAACUCACGAAAUGUGUUAUUCAGCCAAGAAGUGGGUUAUUCAGAAAAAUAUACACAUCAGUCUCAUUUAUGGAAGUUUCAUUAGCACAUUAUAAAGCCGGUUGCACGGUCGGGAUGUCAGGAUGUCCCCGCUCCGAAAAGGCGAGCGAUGUCGCUCGCGGGAAAGCAGCUCGCUCGCGGGAAAGCGAGGCGGGAGCGGCCCGGAGCGACGACACCGGGUACUAGAACAGGCACGGCAGGCAGGCAGGCGGUGUGGCGGCGGUGUAUAUUAUUGAUCAAUAAAAGCGGGCUAGCAUGGGCGACCCAUGCCGGCGGCGGCGGCGGCUGCGACGGCGGCACGGCGGAGAGGCAGCUGUCAUUUCCUCCGCGUUUUUACGUCGCGCGCGCGGAUACACGCGCUCGCCGCGGCGCGCGCGGAAUCGUGUCCCCGGGUGCCAAGGCAGCGGCGCGCGGACGUCCUCGCGAUCCUGCUGUUCGCGCCGCACGAUCCCGGCGGUAACGGUCGCGUCGGAGUGCGUGGAAGUGAAGAUCGCGCGUUCCCGACAGUAGUCGGGUCGGCCGACGUCGACGACGUGCGCCGUGGAAGCCCCGUUAAUACGCGCCACCAGUCUCGAGAGCGCUUACGCCUCGGAAAAUACACGCCGCGAAGGGUGAGACGCCGGCGCGGGGGGAGGGGGGUUAAUAGUGCGAGAGGGGAACGAGAAAGGAGAGAGUGUGAGAAAGAGAAAGAGAGAGAGAAGGAGCAAACGGCCGGAGGGUGAGCGCGCAGCGGAGAGGGGACGGGGAGAAAGAGAGAGAGAGGAGGGGAGUGAGACGGGGAGAGACCGACGUGCUGGCCGACAUGUGUUGUCCGUGCUGAGGGUUCGCAUCCCCGACUGUGUGCCCUGACAUUCGAGGGUGCGCCUUGACGAAAGGCGAGAGACCGGCUGGCUCUUCGCCGGCGAGGGGGUGGGCGAGAAACGCAGGCGGUGAGAAGGAAAAUUUUGUGUCGCCUCCCCCGUGUCAUCCUCGGGGCUCUCUCGCCGUCGUCUACGCGGGACCACCGAUGCAGACCUUACGGAAAAAAAACAGUCCGUGCAAGUUCAAGAACGACCCAACCCGCUUUCUUGGGGAGGGCGUGUCGUUCAAGGCAAAACUGAUCGGCAUUUUGGAGGUAUCGGAAGCACGCGGCGAUCGGAUGUGCCAAGCGGCCUUGGCUGACCUGAAGAUGGCGAUUCGCGCCGCCGGUGAGCACAAGCAACGAAUCGCCGUUCAGGUCAGCAUAGACGGGCUUCGUUUGCGGGACGAAAAGACGGGGGACUGCCUGUACCACCAUCCGGUGCAUAAGAUAUCAUUUAUUGCUCAAGACAUGAGCGAUUCGAGAGCUUUCGGAUAUAUUUUCGGAUCACCGGAUACCGGACACCGGUUCUUCGGCAUUAAGACUGAUAAGGCGGCGAGUCAAGUGGUGAUAGCGAUGCGAGACCUGUUCCAAGUAGUGUUUGAGCUGAAGAAAAAAGAGAUCGAGCUGGCGAAGCAGCACAUAGAGCAGAAUGCCAUUAACGCGAUUAAAUUCCACACUGGCGGUAUUUUCGUUGAGCCAGCACCCGACACCAAGGGCGCAGCGGGCACCGAGUCCUCGUUUCAUCGAAUUCGCACGACUAACUGCGAGGUUGACAAGUCCGCCGAUCGCAAGAACGAGUCGCAAAGCGGCGUGAUCGCAGAUUUGCUGGAUCUGCAGUUCGAACUGAACUCGCUGCAGCAGGGAAUUCAUCAGAUGGACAAGAUCACUCCGGAAAAUCCCGUGCCGUCUACAGAAGAUAUGUUCGAGACCGAUCCGUUUGGUGAUUCUUUCGCUAAUAUGAAGCUUCAGGACACAGUUCGUCCGAUUUUGCCACCACCGCCCUCCUCGACGAAGCGAGGACACUUGGAGCGACAGCACACUGUGCCGGCACCACCUGCAUCGAGCUCUUCCAGCCCGGCGACGAUAGUCAGUAAAACACCGCCUCCGCAGAGCACGAUGCAUUGGUUCGACAAGGAAACCGAAAAUCUCUUCACCGACAACGAAUUGGCGAAUCUGAAUACGAAUUCUACGAAGAAAGAGCAGGAGGACAGCUCGGUGGAAACUACACCACGCAAUACUCAAACGAAGAGUCCGCAGAUCGACGUGUUCACGGAACUAGAUCCCCUCGGCACCGGUCUGAUCAAGCCUUACGUGGACAAGAAGGACUUCUUCCAGCAUCUGAAGAACCCGCCGAAGAAGGUCCUCAAAGAUCUCGUGUCCACGAGUUCGAGUGACAGCUUUCCGACAAACUUCAACGUCACGACCAGCACGGAAGGCGGGGAGUCGACCAAGCAGAACGAAAUGUCGUCGAGGGACAGCGAGGACAGCAACUUCGCCAACUUUGAUCGAUUCGAUGAGAACGAGGCGAGCCAGGCGCCCGUACAGCGGAUCGAUUCGCCGCCGAAGAAGGAGACCGCGCGAGCGAUCCAUCAUCAGCCGCUCUCGGUAUCGUUGCCGCCGGAAGAGACGACGAUCAAAGGACAGGUGACGCCAACCACUUCCGCCUCGAGCGGAAGCGCGACGCUUCGCAGCAUGGAGCGCGAUUCCACGGAAUCCGCGCAAGCGAUGGUGAAACUGCCGAGCCCGAAGAAGUACCUGCAGUCCGUGCGCAAGCGGGAUUUCGACAUCGACCUGCCGGCCGGCAAGGCGGCCGCGCAGUCCACCGAGUCCGGCAAGCCGUUUCCGGUGGAUUUCACAGCGGCGAACGAGUCGCCGGCGUCGCCGCUGCGCUCCUGCUCGUCGGACGCGAACUCACGCCUGUCCAGCUCGAGCGCGGAGCUCGAUCUGGUGCCGGAGCCGCCUCCGCGCGGCGCCGGCAGCGUCCUCAUCAAUCCGCCGCCGUUGCCACCGAAGAAACAGAGCGUGCGGGGAGGCGCGAGACCGCCGCCGAGGCCACCGCACACGGAGAGCCACUUUCAGUACGAUUUUCCGCAGCGCGAGACCUCGCCGUCGCCCACCAGGGUGGCCAGAGACAGAAACAAGAGCCCGCCGAGAGACGCGAAGGGCCAUCAGUUCGACGACAAUUUCAGUCCACCGCCGCAGAUGCCCGCCAGAUCCGACUUCGCGGCCGCGACGACCACCGCCGCGUUUGAGGAUUCCUUCAGCGCGAUGAUGCCGCCCGCGACCACGUUGUCGUCGAUGACGUUCACAAGCGGCGCCGCCGUCCCGGCGGCCGAUUCCAAGCGGACGAAGCCGUCGCUCGACAUCACGCUCAGCCAGCUGACGUCGUCCUGGACGAAUCUGGACGAGUUGGCGUCCAGCCUCGGCAUAACCGUUCAGCAGCUGGCGAGUUUGACGCUGACGCAGCUCACGCAAUGCCUGGCGACUCUGUCGGCGAAGGAAGCCGCGGUCGGCGACGCGCAGGAGAGCGCCGAUCCGACGACGACGAAGGAGCAAGCGGCGACAGCGUCCAAGUCCGCGAUCUCGUCGCUGUCGUCGCUGGCGUCGAAGCCGCUCGAGACGGCGAUCGGCUCGAGCUCGACUUCUUCUUUCGUACGCUCGGAUUCUUUCAAAGCGAACAAUUAUGAAGCACCGGAAUCGCAGCAGGAUCCCGCGUACGACAAGUAUGCCGUUUUCCGCGAGCUGUUGGAGAUGGAGCAGAUGGAGCGGAAGGACGAGACGAAGGCGGAGGAAACGGACGAGGGGGAGGAGGCGCACGACGAAGGCGCGCCGGAUCGCGACGCGGCGGAGAUUCAAUCGGAACUGCGAGCCAGCGAGAGCGCUUCGGACUCUCUCGCCUCGCUCGUGAAUCUCACCGUCAAACUGCCGUCCAGGAGCGAGGACCUGUUAAAGGAAGACGCGAAAUUUGACGAAACGCUGAAUAACUCCCUCGCGAGUUUGACGGAGAGGGAGAGGUCGCUGGAUAUCGAAGAGAGGGACGCUGAGAAGGAGAGCGAGACGAUAGCGGACGCGGACAUCACGUCCGACUCGUCCACCGUGCAACAGACAGAGAUCGACGCCGAGGACGACACGGAGAGAACGCAGACCAUCAUGGAAACGGAGGAGAGGGCGGAGAAUUCCGAGAGGGGCAGCGACGUCAACGGCACGCUGUCCGACAGAGUCGGCUCGGACAUUCUCAACGACGAGACGAACGGCUCGUCCGUGGCGGAGAGGUCCUCCGCGGAGGUGAAAUCCUCCACGUCGACGUCGAGCGACCGAUACGCCGCUCUGCGCGAGAUCAUCGGCGAGCCGGAGCCAACGCCGAUCCCGAGACGGGACGACGAGGAGACGACCAGUCCCGCGACUCGCGCGUCGCCGGUCAUUCAGCCUUCGCAGCAGCAGCAGCAGCAGCAGCAGUCGAGGAGUCUGGCCGAGGUGGAGCUGCUGAAUCUGUUCGCCGACAAUCUGCCGGCGUCGUCGAGCCCGAAUAUCGCAGCGAAGAAGGAGCCGAGCACCGAUUUGAAAGCCGUGGCGAUGGACAUCUUCGAGGAGAUCAAGAUGCUCAACACCGGCACGCAUCGCGCGAAGGAGACGAAGCCGCCGCCGUCCACGGGUUUCGAGGACAUGUUCUGCCCGUUCGUGGAAACGACGACGCGAUCGGACAAGGACGACGGUAAGGAGGACGGCAAUUGGGCCAAGUUCGACACCAGCAUCUUCGCCUCGUCCGAUCGCUCGUCUUGCGAGGGCCAGCCGUCGAUAGGCGGCACGUCGCCGUGGUCGCCCGACGGCAAGGACUUUCACCGGGAGGUGCCGUUCAAAGGUGGCGGCGGGUACCGGCACUCAGCCGACAGCGACAACGAAUGGAAGGACGAGGAGGAGAGCGAGGAGAGCAACGGUCGGGGGGUGCGCGGGGACGGCAGAUUCUGGUCGGGCGGGCGGCACGCGAGGUUCGACGCGCCCGGCUUCGAGGAUCGGUCGUUCUACGAGGGCGAGAAGCGCGACCGCAGCCUCCGCGAGAGGAUGGGCAGGAAAUCAUCCGUACGCCCGUCGGCGUGCCUUGGGCGAAAACCGCCGGUGGAAGCGGCGGCGGCGGCGGCAGCGGCGGCGGCGGCGGCGGCGGCGGCGGUCCGACCGCGCGAUCCGUCGCCGUGGCACGAGGAGGGCCAGUGGGAGGACGAGGGCCCGAGGAGAUAUCCGUCGCACCGGAAGGUGCAGCCGCCGUACAAGGACGACGACGAUCAGUACGAGGCGCACUGGAAGUGCCGGCCGAAGCCGCCGCCGCCGCAGCGGUGCAACUGGAGUCACGACGUGCCGCACGGCUCGUACUACGACGACGAGCGCAAGCGAAAGCUGAUGCUCUGGAACGAGGAGGACCGCUUCAGCAGUCAGGAGAGUAUGGGUUACGACGAGGAGGACCGCUGGAGCAGGAGACGGUACGAGAGACGGCGAUGGGAGGAGGACGGCAGAUUCUGGGGCAGGCGCGGUCCGCCGGAUGCCGAUUACCCGAUGCGGGAGCCGUAUUACUAUUACCGCGACAGUCGCGAGAGGUCGCACGACUACCCGUCCUGGGACGAGGAGUACGGGCCGGAGCGCCCGGGCGACGACUCGCCGCGGUACAAUCCGGCCGGCCGGAAGCGGCACUGGCCGAAGCGGCCGAACAGCGCGAACGACGGUCGCAACAGCGACAUGGUGUACGCGGAUCCGCGCAAGUUCGGCGGCGGCGGCGGCGGCACAUCGAGAUCCGAGUGCAGCGACAACGAUUCCGAUCCGUAUCUCCGACCGUCCCAGCGCUCCAGGAGCCGCGAGAGCUACUGGGGCAGCAGCGAUCAGGAGUACGACAGUUGGGCGGAGCGGCCGUAUUGGUCCGAAGGCCCCGACGCGAAGAGCGAGACGAUGCACCGCAAGCGGAUCGCCAGACACAAGACGCGACAGGUGGUGGCGCAGAAGACGCAGAGCCCGUUCGAGGACGAUUUCGCGCAGAGCGUGGAGCACGCGGACCCGUCGCUGUCCGGCUCGGGCGUGGAGUCGCUGGCGCCGGUGGACGCGCGUGUGCGACCAGAAGCGGCCGAUCAGAAGCGAGAGCUGCCUCCCGCGAGUCCUUCGCCGGGCAUCCGUGGCUCCAAGGAUCAUCCCAGGGGCAUUCCGGUGAGAGAAUACGGCAAACGGUCGAGCUACUUCGAGGACGAUCUCACGCCGACGGCGAGCGCGUCCAGCGACGCGUCCGACCGGCCGCGGCUGUCGUCCGAUCUGAAGGCCACGCCGGAGGAGCUGCCGUGCGACGUGAAGGACUCGCAGCAGCCCAUCGACGGCUUCGUCUCCGAGGACAGCGGCCGCGACUCCUUCUUCAACGGCGACCUCAGGUUCGACGACGACGCGUUCGUCUUCAAGUCCGAGCUGGACGAUAACGUGCCGGAUCACCGUGCCACCACGUUGCCGCUGAAGAAUUCGCGGCAGGGCAAGUACGGGCCCGGGAAUAACAAUAACAACAACAAGGCUAGAGGCGAUCAGUACAUCCGGAAGUCGGAGUCGGUGAACAUCUUCGCGCGCGAAAGCGACCCGUUCGACGGUGACGAUUUCUUCAACUGAUUCGCCGCGCAGCGACGAACGGUGGGAGUCGCCAGAAACCCCCCGCGUCGAAUACAGUGACACCAAUGUGGACUAGAUAAUUGGGACUCGAAUGAAAGAGGAACGGUCAGAGAGAGAGAGAGAGAGAGAGAGAGAGAGAGAGAGAGAGAGAGAGAGAGAGAGAGAGAGAAAGAGAAAGAGAGAGAGAGGACAAUUUUUGUUGCGCACUCGGAGAACGUCGGCGGA